AUGAUUAGUCCCAUGGAGGAGGGGGGGCCCCCAAAGGGAGAGAAUGCCCCCGUUGAAGAGAAAGCAGAUCCACAUCCAAACGUUAUGCAAAGCGAAACGGAUUGUAAGCCAACCAUAAGUUCGAUCAUUGGAGGAGAAAAGGAAAAGGGCGAUUCGCACGAAGUUGAUAUAGAACCACCAAACAGGAAAGUCGAGGAGGAACAAAACGCCCAGCAGUCGAAUCAGCAUUUAGCGAAAGAUUAUGAAGAACCGUCAAAAGAGAACAAUCCAGAGAAGGAACCGCUAGCAACAAACGUGCUUGGCGAAAUUAAUAACCAUGUCAAUCAACCUCCCACUGAUUCCGCAUUGGGGAAGAACAAAAACGAAAUGGCAGAGGGACCAUAUAAAGAACUCAAAAUAACGGGAAAAAAUUUCUUAAAAUAUGAUGAAGAAAUAUUUGAAAAUUUCUACAACGAUGUGCAUUUAAGAAUUGGAAAGAUUGUUACAAAUAAGAGAAAAAAAUAUUUUCUAACUUAUAAAAUUGUUAAAGAUUCCUAUUUUCGCAUUUUAAUUUUGAAUAGCGAAAAAUUGGAAAAAAAUAUUCUUCAAGCGAUAGCCAUUCAGGAUGUCAUUUUGAACGAUAAAAAUGUCAAAAUUUAUAGCGACCCUUUUUAUGUAAGAAAUAGUAGCAAGCUUUACGCUGUGAAAUUCUUAAAGGUGUUUAGCUUAAAGUAUUUAAAAAAAAUAAGAAAAAUGAGUGAUAUAAUAUUUUCCGAUGCGGAGGAGGAGACUCCUAAUGUGAAAACGGAAAAUUGUGAAUCGGCUGAGUUGCACAUUGCAGCAGAGGAGAAUGCAUCCUCGACCGCUAAAGAAACGAACGGUGUGGAGAAAGACCAUUUGUGUAAAAAGGCACCCAUCCAGUCUACGGAUGAACCCCUAAAUGGGAAUCAUUCGGAGGGCACAGAAACAAACGGGGGGAGCGGCCGUAAGGGAGCAAUAAAAGAAGAUACACAGGAUGUGGCGACUAUUGGUGCGCAGAAGAACGCGCCUGAAGGAAGCAACAUGAGCGACGGUGACGGACGAAACGGAAAUAAAUGCAGCGAUAACCAAGCUGAGGAGAUCCUCGCCGUGAACAACUCAAGCGACAACUGCGACAAUGUCAGUAAUGGUGGAAGUAGGAAAUUAAAGAAAGGAGCAAAAAAUGCCGAUAAGGAGAACCCCCCCAAGGGAACAAACAAAAGCGGAAGAAAAGGCACCGAAGUGAAGGAGGAACCUUCGUAUAAUGAAACACCCUCCAAGGAAAAUGGUAAGAUAAAUGGCAAGGGAAAUACCAAGGGAAAUGUCAAGGGAAACGCCAAGGGAAAUAGCAAGGGAAAUACCAAGGGAUAUGCUAAGGGAAAUACCAAGGAUAAAAAAGGGAACGCAGAUGUGAAGAAGAAAAAAAAUAGCAAAGAUUCCCCGGUGAUGAAAAAGCCAAGGGAAUUAGCCAAAAAUGUGAAUGAUAAAAAAAGCAAAAAAAGAAACAGUGUUAAGAUGAAAAAUGAAAACGAAGCUUGCAACAGGGAAGAGGAAGAACACAACUACACAGGCAUCAUAUACAAUGACAAGAAAAAGUUUUAUUUUAAUAUUCACAGAUUGGUGGAUAUAAUUAAGAUGGUUAAAGGAUCGGAGGAGAGAUCGAAGUUCUACCUAGAUGCUCAUAAUAACAAUAUGAAGAAGAAAUGGAGACUCUUUAAAAAAGUGGAGAAAACAUUAUUUCUGGAGAAUCUUGCCAUGGAUGAUGAGGAAGUGCUUUUUAAGAGACCCAAAUUUUUUAACUGCAUAAUUGAAGAAUCCUUUGAUAACUACAACGUAGUGUACGAAGCGGAGAAUGGGAUGGUGCACCUGUUCGAGAAUAAAUUGGAUCGACUGAAAAAGAAAAAGGGAGGUAAUAAAGCAGAAACGGAUACAUCCAACAAGUACAUCGAAUUGAAGGAUGAAGAAAAGGGUUUUAAAUAUAUUGGCUAUCGCGUCAGUUUUGAACUAAAGAAGGACAAUAAAAAAAAGAGUCACUUUAAGACGGGCAUUAUAAAGUAUUACUCCCCCAAAUAUAAGCAGUUUUUUAUUCACCAUAUAGAAAAUUUCAAAUGCAACGGGUCCAUAGCGGAUUCUCCCAAGAGCACCAGCAGGGAGAUGGGAUACACAAGAGGAGGGAGCAAAUCAAGCGCCACCUCCCCACCGUUGUAUAACAAUUCGAAAGAGUAUCACCCCUUGGCCGACUUAGGAAAUACACAAUAUGGUAGGGUCGACCAGGACAUGGGCAAACAGAUCAGCGAGAGGCAGAACGAGGAGGAGUUACAUGCAGAGGUGAUCAAUCAGAACAAUCAGUGCAUAGUUCGAAGUGAGGAAGAAAUGAUGUACCUCAAUUAUGAGAGAAGGCUAGAUGAAGAAAAUGGAAAGAAAAAAUGCGAUUUUAUAUUCUCAGAUGUGCUAAAGACGGUGAAAGAAUUUGAGCGCUUUGAUAUACUCGAUAAAAAUGACAAAAGGAAGGAGCUAAUCGAUUACAGCAUUUUGAAGAAGAGAGACGAAUGCUCCAUAUGUAAGAAUAACAUCCUAUUUAUUAAGGGACAUGAUCAUUACACGAAUAGUCUCUCCACCAUAAUAUACGAGUUAAGCAGCGAAAUGGAAAAAAAGGAAAUUGAUGAGAAAAAUAUGAUCAACGUUUACUGGGGCAUUAAGUGUUUUAUCUGUUCGAAGAAAUUCCACGCCAAGUGCCUCGAUGAUGAGGUGAUAAUCACCAAGGGGUAUGACAAAAAUGUGCUAAUGAAGGAGUAUAAAAAGUACAUUUAUAAGAACAGCCUGAAGAAGGAUAAGAAAUGCUUUAAGAGUGAUAAGGAGAAGGGCGCGAAGAGUGCCAACAAGAAGGAGGAAAAAUCAAAGAGGGUGAAGAAGAACACCAGCAAUUUUAGCGAUUCGAAAUGCAUGGGAGGAGGGGGAGACUCCAAGUCGAACAAACAGAAAAAAAAUGCCACUGGGAAAAGAACCACCGGGAGUAGUAGGAACGGGUCGAGCAAACGCACGGAGGAUUCGUCGAACGAUGCAGUGAAGGAAGAAAAUGAUGACGCGGAGGAAAAGAGCAACAAGAGCAAGAAAAAGAAAGGAGGCAAAGAAUGCACCAGCCAAAACGAAAAUGGAAAAAAUAAUGACAGUGAGAAUGAAUACAAGAGUGAGGACAAAGAGGAGCAAAACAAAAGUGACGAGUUGAAUGAUGAAGAAGAUAGCGAUGUGGAAGAAACAAACAACUGCACAAAAUCGAAAAGUAAAAAGUCGAGGAGGUGCAUAAAUUACGUUCCAUCGGUGAAGUACAAUGAUAUUAGUUACAAAAAAUAUGUGUGUAAAGAUUGCUAUCGGUGCAUAUACUGUUGUGAGAGCAUAUACAAUUAUAAGCAAACACCCAAUAUAGCCAAUUAUGUGAUAUGCAAAACGUGUAACAUGGUUGCACACGGAUCUUGUUGUUUCCCGAAUGUGCCCGAUAUUUACCUCUUUAAUUGGAAGUGUGACGACUGCCUGAAAUGCAACAAAUGUGACUACUCCAACUUGUGCUUUAUUAACUACAAUGAGUGGGAGUUUCACCUGGACUGCUGCAUCAACUGCUACAAAGAAUAUGAGAAGAAGAACUUUUGCAUAAUGUGCAAUGAGAAGUACGAAAUAGAUGAUAGCAACAAGUGGGUGCAGUGUGAUGUGUGCAAAUUUUGGAUUCACCUAAGUUGCGAUAAAAAUGAAAGUAGAAAUAUUGAAACAUUGUCAAUUAAAAGUAUCAACUAUAAGUGCCCCACGUGUAGGUCGGGUUCAUUCCAUGAUAAAAUCGAGCGAAUUCUUUACCUAUUCUUCCUGCUCGAUAAGUACAAAAAUUUCACCUUCCACGUUCCUAUCAAUUUCUACAUUUACUGGAGAAUUGUUAAAAUACCGAUGAACCUGUACAUUAUGAAGAAGAAAAUAUGGGAGAAGAAAUACAGCACUAUAUUGGAGUUCCUGUACGAUUUCUUCCUCAUCAUACAUAAUGCCAAAACAGUGCAUAUGCCCAACACCCCAAUUUAUAAAAAUGCCUGCGUCUUUGAAAAAAAAGGAAAAGUUAUCAUAAAAAAUAUGUUCAAUUUGGACAAUGAGGAGUUGAAUAAAUGCAUUGAUGAUUGUUUGGAGACGUACAAAAAGGCCACAAAUGAAGAGGUAACCAAUGAUAAUAACAAAAUGGAAGAGGAGGGUAAAAAUUAUGAGGGCAUGUUCACGUCUGGUGGGCAUAAACUAACCGCUAGUCUCUGUAACAGUAGUAGGGACGAUAUUUUCGGCAAGAACGUUGACAAUCAUAUCGAUAAGAAGAAUGUUGGUCUUGAUUCGUACCACUCAGAAAAUAUGAAACAUUUGGGCUACCCUGGAAUUGGCAAAGAUAUGAUGACCAUGACCACUGUGGGUGAGUUUACCAAAUCGGGCAUCUACCAUCCCCAAGAUGGUGGCAUUACCCACACGGGGGGAAAUAACCAUCGAGAUGCAGCUGCACACAAUUUUGGGGGAAGUUCACUCCUUAAUGAGCACAGUAUGCAGGAGGGGGUGUACUUUGCUCCCGGUGGUGUGAAUAGCUCCAGCGGUAGGACAUACCAAUCAUAUAGAUAUCCCAACGCAGAUGGUACAUUUGAAAGUGGUAUUGUAAAGAUUGGAAAUAAUGUGCAAUCAUACAUGAACGGGACCGAUUUAUAUAAUGAUUACACCCCAAUGGAAAAGAAGAACCCAAUGGGAGCGUAUGAUAAGAAUCCUCUAGAUAUGCCCGCAUGUAAGGACGAUAUGGUUUUAUACAACUUUAGUAACAAUCAUGUGGGUAAGAGCCUUUUAAACAAUAACCUGCUUAGGAAGCGAAAAUUGGAGAUGCUCGACAAGGACAUCACGCAGUAUGAACUACACGAACUGUUCAAUUUUAAAAGCGACUCUGUGUUUAUCCACAAAAAUAAGGAAAUGUUUGUUCCGCAAAGUUGUGGCAUAACUAAUUAUAACAUCCUUACUGUUAAUGUGAAGGGCAAAAUUUAUUUUAAUAGAUCUUUUAACAGAUUUGACGAAUUUGAUGUUUCUAAGAUAAGGAAGAUACAUCUUUUGACUAGGGGAAAUUUUUCAUCGAGCUGUAGAUCAGCCAGGGACGAUUCGUUUUCCGAGGGAAGUCUUCGAGGGGAUAACCAUAGCAGUAAAGAAAAGAAAACUCUCCUUGUAGAUAAGAACCCGGAUAGUAAGUCAACAAAGGAGCAUACAAAGGGGGAACAUAAGAUACAUUCCAAUCGUGGAAAUUCGAACGUAUUUGUCAAUGAUAAUAUAUUCAUGAUUGACAUCAGGAAGGAGAAAGUCAAAAUGAACCACGUGCUUAAGGAGGAGACCAAAAUUAUCAACCCAGUGAACAAUGCCUACAAAUUUUUGAAGUGUAUUCAGAUAGUUUUUUUUGACCAGCAAGGUCCAAAUGAGCAUACUGCAUCGAAUAAUAUAUCAUCUGUAAGAAUGAACUACGUUACAAACUGUGUAAAUUACAACAGUAGCGAUAACGAAAGUGCGGAUGAUAUAACGAUGGAACAUGUUGAUAGGAACAAGGGGGAGACUAUAUCACUCGAUGACAUCAUUUCUCUCAUGGAGAGAAGAACUUCCAAAGGAGGAUCAAAAAAAAGGUGCCAGAAUACAAAUCGUAGAAAUGCCCUCAAUUAUCGCCCCGUUAGAAGCAACCCUAUUGGGAAAAAUAUGGCAAAUGAAAAAAUAAAACUUCUCAACAAUGACAUUUUGAAAGAGUACUGUCAUGUUUGUGGAUGCAUAGAGUAUAAAAACCCGCUGAUUUACUGCGGUGCAUGUGGGGUGUCCCUUCACUACGCCUGUGCUAAUAUUUCCAACCCGUUUUUGUUUAACUUGGCUGGUUACGUAGAACACAGGAAGGAGAUUAAUGAAAUUUUUAACAUCAUCACGAGGAACUUUAAAUGUAAUCAAUGCAUCAAGUGUGACAAAUGCGAUACCCACUUUAGCGACGCUGUUAGGGAUACCUUCUACUCCAACAUCACUAGUAUGGAUACGUGGAGUGGCAACCAUUUUACCAAAAAAACAACCUUCAAUUAUUUUUACAAUUUGAAGAUAGAGGUGGUUACUCUGAAGAAGGAUAAAAACGCACAGAGGAGAAAAACGCUGGCGGAUAACAAAUCCCUCGAAUUUGUUGAAAAAGGGGAAGUAGCGUCACCAAUGAUUAGCGAAUUGAAUAAAAGUCCAAAGAAUGAACAAAGGAGCAUGCAACAGCCGUGUGAGUUUGCAAAAGUGGAACUAGUGGAAAACACGGAAGGAGGAGAAAGCUGCUCUGUUAGCUACUCCGCAACGGCCAAAAUGGAGAAACAAAAUGUGGAUGAUAAUCAGCAGCAGCAGGGCGAGAAGAACCAAUUGGGUAGUAAUAACCCACCCGUGUGCUCAAAAAAGAGGAAGAAGCAAAACAGCAUUGGUGUGGGCAGCCAGUUGGAAGGUCAGAUGGGAGACCCAACCAACACAUGCACCAUCGGUCAUGUGAAAGAAGAAUCCAAAACUAUCCAAACGAAUAGCGAAAUGGAGUUAUCGCCAAAGAAGAAAAAAAUGUCGCCCAAGAAGAAAACAACUAAUAGUAAAAAAAAUGAAGAAAAUGAAAAGAUGGACCAGAGUGCCCCAAAUAGUAUUAUCAGCAUACUGAGUGUACAUGACGAGGCGCAAAGGAUAAUAAAGUGCUUCUGCUGCGGAAAAUCCGCACACAAUGAAUGUUUUUAUCGAAUAGAUAAUAGCGUGGAAAGUACUGAUAAGAACGACCACGAUGUGCAUAAGAAAGCUGUAAAGACUGUAUUCAAAAGGUGCUACGUAAAAAAGAAUCAUAGUAAAAAAAUGGAUUCGCCUGAAAAAUCAGAUAAGGGCUUAUCUACCUCAAACUCGGGCGAUUAUAUGCCUCCCCAGGAGUGCAUUUUGGAUAGCACCUUAAACGAGGCGACCGUACCAAUCAGCAAAGAUAACACACCUAUGAAAAGUGAUGAAAUUGAGGUGGAGGCCAACGCAGCAGAGAGGAACAACGUGAACGUAUCAUCCGUGUCGCAGGAUAUUGACACAACGACAACUACUACGGAGACAACGAGCGCUGCGGCGAUGAUGGUGAUGGUUGUUCCCCCCAUUAAAUCGAACACGCCGAAGAAGGAUAAAUUAAAGGCACACUGCAGCAGCAGCCAUGUCGUUAGUGAGGACAUCCACACGAGUGUGAAGUGCACUGUAAAUCGAAACAGCGGAGAUGAAUGUACUAUCCAAUCGACCAGCAUCAAUAUUAACAGUAAGGUUGAAUGUUCCAUAGUGAGUAGCAACGUAACGGUACUUAAAUCGAACGAAACUAACAUAAGCAAAAGCUCUCUACUCAAAAAUGAGCUCUCCAAUAAUGGCGUCAUUCCGAGUGAUGAGUUUGUAAGAGAAUUUUUAAGAGGUGAGAAAAAAUCAGAAACGUGCUUCGAAACCGUAGCUAUAAAUGGAAAGGUGUAUAAUAAGCACCUCAUAAGUGAGAUAUAUGAUGUAAUAAGGCAUAAGAAAAAUGUGAAAGUGAAAAACUUAUUGCAUUUAUUUGUUGCCAACAUUGACGAAGCUGUGAUAUAUUCCAUACUCCACGAAAUUUUGAAAGGACUACACAGUUACCUUAACGAUAAAUUAAAUUACUAUAGAUUGAACAAAAAUUUAAGCAGCGUUGUGACUAUGGAACAUGCGGAUAAAUCUAAGAAGGAAAAACACCACCUUUUUGAUAAGAAGAAUCUCAUUACGGAUAAUAAUGGCGAUAUGAAAAUAUCAGAAAUGUUGCUAAAAAUUAGCACCCUAAUUUCGGAUACCUUUUCAGUGCCCUCUAACAGAAAGGCAUCAAAUGGGAAACACGGAAAUAAGAGGAGUAGCUCAAGUUCUAAAAAAAACGUACUUAAUGAUAAUCCAAGUGAACACAGCAUGAGCCAUACUAGAAGUGAACAUUUUAAAGGAAACGACUCCAGUAGCGUGGAGGUGAAAAAUCAGAUGAAUAAAACUAAUGACACGGUGCUACUUGCAACAAAUGGCGAUAAUGCAUUCUCGACACCGCCCUAUUCUGUUCAUUGUGCGGAGAAUAAUAAGAAUGCCCCGAUUGAUGUCGACGGUUUUUGCACGUACGAAAUGAACCUUUGUAGCAGAGCGAACGGGGUUAACGAUUUCGAUACGGCGAAUAACGGGAAGAGUGUUCCCAACUUUAUUGACAUGACGAACGUGAAUGAUGUGAGCGUAACAGGCGCCACAGGGUUAAGCGGCUCAGUUGGGUUAAGCAGCUCAGUUGGGUUAAGCGGCUCUGUUGGGUUAAGCGGCGCAGUUGGGUUGAGCGGCACAGCUGGGUUAAGCAGCACAACUGAUUUAAACACCGCUGCUGGGUUGAGCGGCCUUGGCGAACAUGCGAAACCCAAACUGCUGAACCUCACCAGCAGGAAGAACAAAAAUGACACGUACAUGAACAAGAGCAUACAGAAGCUGCGCUGCAAAUUUAACGAAAAGAACAUCGAAAAGUUGACCUCCCCCACAGGGAAGAAUACCAACUCUGCGUACUCUGCACCCAAUAUGAAUUAUAGCCCUAUCAGAAAAAUAAUCAAUUUUGAUAAAACGAACAAUGUAAAGAUGAAUGUGAACACAGUAAGCACCUUCUCCCAGUCUAACUCGAACGUAAGCGACCUGGGUUACAUGCAUGACAGGACCCUGAACUCUCCCCUGGGCAGCGUAAGCAAUUACAGCAACGUCCUCAUUGUGAAUAACACGAGCAGUAUAAGCGGGAUGAGCGGCGUGGGAGGUCUGAACAGCCUGCAUAAUAUAAAUAGCAUAAACAGCGUUAACAGCCUAAACAGCGUUAACAGGGUCAGCAAUUUCAACGGAGAGAACCUCUGCAGCAGCAGCAGUGUUAGUCUCCAGAAUGUAAGCGUCGAUGGCGGAAGCAACCUAUACAACCUAAUUAGCAUGAACAACAAUGUUAACACGUCGAACACGGUGAACAUCAGGGACUUCCUGGGCAACUCCUGCAACGUGAACGAUAUAAAUAUCGUGCAGAAUAUUAGUAUACUCAAUAAUAACAAUGUGAUAAUAAAUGUGAAUGGCGUGGAGGGAAAGAAGGAGCCCUAUGUGAACUAUGCCCACUUGGGGAACGCGGGUGCCUUUAACACGAUGAGCAGCAUGGACAGCGUGAUCAAUGCGGGGGGAAUGGAAAACACCAGCGGGGUCAUAAACACCGUGGGGAUGGGAGGCGUCAACAAUGUCAUGACCGCCACAGGGAUGAGCAGCGUCAGUAGUGUCAUACCCCCCGCAGGGAUGAGCAGUGUCAGUAGUGUCAUACCCCCCGCAGGGAUGAGCAGUGUCAGUAGUGUCAUACCCCCCGCAGGGAUGAGCAGCGUCAGUAGUGUCAUACCCCCAGGAGGAACCCUGUUCGGUGAAAACCCCACAGCACAUAUUAACAGCAUGAACGAAAUGACCCACCCGUUUAGCAACACCACCUACGCGAAUGACGGAGAAAACGUGUACCAUUACAAUGAUAAUAUGAAAGCAUGUAAUGUGCAUAUGAACAGUCAAAGCAGCAUGGAAAGAAUGAGUCAAGGAAGAAGUUAUAGCGAUAUGAUUAACGUGAAUUACGUAAAGAAUUUCCCCAUGAACAGUGAUAACGGAAUGCCAAAUAAUGUGGAAAGUUUAUUUCCAAACGAUGCGAACUUUCAAUCCCCACCAACUGUAUUUGCACCUGGAAAAAUGGAUUAUGCAGUGAAUGAAAUGUCACAGGAGAAGAAUGUGUACAGAUCGUAUCUACACAAUAACGAAAUGAAAUUGUACAAAAAUAAUUACUAUUUUUAUAACCAAUUGGGAAAUCAUAAUAACUCCCCUGCGAACCACGACAUGGCUAAUAUGAAUAUGCCUUUGGAUUAUUAUACCCCUAUGCGGAAUGGUAGCAAUAAUUUUAAGCCUGAGAUAAAUGCUACACCGUUUGAAGGCAGGAUAAAUAACGAAAGCUUCGAAAUGAACAGAAAAAUAAUGAUCAAUGUAAAUGCUACUAAUGAAGAACCCAUUUUGUAUAAAGAUAACAGCAACUUCAUUUUGCACAAUAAAGAGGUGUCAGAUGUGAACAGAGAUGGAAGCAACAGCUCCGUAUUUCGCAAUAUGAAGUACGGAAAUAUUUCCGAUUCAUAUGAUGUGAGGAACUCGAAUAAAUUCACUGACAUGUACACCGUUCGUAGUAAAAAUAUCAACAAGAAGGAUCAGGCGCACACGAAAACGCUGCUGAAAUCGAACAUCCCCAACUUGGACAAGUUUAUAAAUAGCAGCAAGAAUAAGAAGUCCUUUCCGGCGAGUGAGAAUUUGGCCGAGGGGGGGAACAUCGGUGGAAAUGUCAAUGGAGAUGGAAACAUCGGUGGAAAGGUCAGCGGAGAUGGAAACAUUGGCGUUGGAGAAAACUACAAUUACAACUGCAGAUAUAGCAGUAACUACAGUCACAACAGCGGCAGCUUCGACCCGAGCUUGUUCAAGUUUAAUGAAAAUGCUGCCUCCGUGGCGAACCUGAAUGAAAGGGGAAAUGUCAUAGCUACAGAAUUCGACGCAGCUAAUAAGAACACCAAGUUUUCGGCCAACAAUUUACAUAAAGAAAAUAUGCUCAACAUAAGGGUUGAAAAAAAUAUUUCUAACAAUGCAGAUCAUGUAGUGAGAGAUGUGCAGAAUUGCAUCCUCCCACAUGGAACCGUUAACAAGAAGUGCGUUCUUUAUAACCACAAUGACAAAAAAGAGAUCCACAUAAAUCUAUGCAAUGAGGUGAAGUAUAACAUGCAAAACGGACCAACCAAUGCAAAUGGAGAAGCAACGGAGGGAGCAGAACUUGCUAGGAGUAAGAAAAGGAAACUCAAGUUUUACUGCAAGAAUACUUUGAUCAAGAAGGAAAAUGGAGCCAACGACAUGAACGGGGUGAGCGGCUUGAAUGCAGAGAACGCCAAUGAGUUGGCAGGCGGCAAUAACGACGGAGCUUUCAAUAACAAUGUAAGCGAGCAAAUGGAGAAGAAAAAAAAGAAGGGCGGUAAUUCCGCAUCCAAAGCUAAAGAGUGUAAAAAGGAAAGAUCCAAGGCGGAUCAAAGCGCAACAGAAAAUGGAAGUCAAAAUAAGGAUGUUAGGAAAAAGAAAAGAAGGGACAAAAGCGAACAGGAUGAAGAUUCCGAAAAGGGAGUCAAAAGAAAGGUUGCCGAAAAGGGGGAAGAAAAAAAAGCGGAAAAGAAGGCAAUGGAAAAGAAAGCAGUAGAAAAGGCCGAAAAGGUUGAAAAGAAACCAGCAAAGAAGAUCAAAAUGAAGGCGGAAAAAAAGGGAGAAAGGAAGUCCGAAAAGAAGGUCGAAAAAAACAGCGACAUGAAGGAGGAAAAAAAAGAAAUUGAGGAAGAGAAGAACGAAGAAAAGGAAGAGAAGAACGAAGAAAAGGAAAAGAAAAAGGCCAAGUCGAAGAAGAAGCCAUCGAAGGAGGAAAAACAGGACGAAAAAGAGAAGGAAAAAGAGAAGGAAAAGGAGAAGGAAACGGAGAAGGAAAAGGAGCAGGAACAAAGUAAGGAUAAAGCGAAAGAAACGAAAUGGAAGGGCACAAAAGGGGAAAAAUGCGAAAAGGAUUCGAAGGCGACUAAAGCUGCCAAAACAGAAAGGGAAAAAAAAAGGACCAAGGUGAAAAAAGAGGAAUCCUCGCAGGAGGGUAAAAAAGAAGGAAAGGAAAUGAAAAGAGUUAAGGGAAAAGAUAAAGGGGAUGAAAAAAAAAGGGGAACAAAAACGAAUGAAAAUUCAGAAGAAAAGGAAAAAAAGAAAGCGAGCGAAAGCAGGACAACACAGGUGAAAGCGAAGAAGGAAACUAACGAAAGAAAAGUAGAUACAGAGAAUAAUAAUAUAGCGGAGGAUAAACUACACGAGUUGAAGGGGAACAAAUGUUCCGCCAUGAUUUCCAUUAGCAGCAAGUUUGUUUGUGGUAGCACAUGCACUUCUGAUAUGGUUCCCAAAAAUUGCAGCAUGCAAGGUAGAUGCAAAAUGGAUGACAGUUACAUCACAGAUAGCGAUGAGCACUUGUGCCUUUAUUCGGACGCCCCCGAAUCUGAUAACUCUACCAUGAAUAGAGGACCGGCAGGCAGUAAUCGAAAGAGAAACAGAAUAAACAAAUUAAACGGAUUUUUGAAGAAGAAUAAGUUUGUGUUGAAAUCCAAGUUCAAGAGGGUCACCCCGAAUUCGUACCUUUGCCAUAGCUGCGUUGUGUUGUACAAAAAUGACUUUUCGUUUAACGCAUUUACGGAGGAGAUCGCGGCGGUUGAGAAUAGAGUUUGUGGGAGUGGUAACGAGGUGAGCAUCGUUAGCGAGGCAAAUGUUCUCCAGGUUAAAAGAGAAAUCAGUGCGCAGGAGGGGGAAGUUCCCGUUGAACAGAAUAGCACAAAUAGCAUAAGCAAGGGUGUUGCUGAUGAAAGGAAGGAAGAGAAGAACCCCAACGGCGCGGGUGAUGAAGUAACGCACGGCACGAACGAGAUUAAUGACGGAACGGUGGAACCAUUGUGUAAUCCCAGUGCAUGUGAAGUGCUCGUAAAUGUCGAAGCGAAACAGAGCGGAGGAAAUGAAGGAGACGAAAGAAAUGAGGCAACGAAUUUGAAGAACGCAACGAAAGAUGGCCAAAAUGUAGAUGGUGCUGCCCCUGAGAGUGACGAAAAAAAUGUGCCUCUUAAUAACACGCAUGAAUGUAGAGGCGACGAAAGAGGAAGUAAUAAUAAAGAGCAGAAGGACUACUUCAGGAUAAGCAACGAUCGCAGUGGAAAGCGCGACCCGGACUGGAUUUACUGGAUGAACAAAAUAUCCGCGCACAAUAACGUCUUCUUCAACCGUGCCUACUUAAAGGAGAAGAAGGAAGCCACAAAUGUGAGGCACUUCUUUGAAACCAAGCGAGACCUUUACAAAUGCUCCAUUUGUUGUAUGAUCUGUGAAUACAAAAUUGGGAAAGCUGCUAACAGUGCGGCUGAGAGAACCGCAGAGAGAACCGCAGAGGGCGAAAGUGAUAAUUUGAACAGCCUCUUCGUGUGCAACGCAUGCAGUUUACGUUAUGGGUACAUUGAGAAAUAUAUAAUAUCAUACCCUGACAAUAGCAGUUACAGGAGCAAGACUCUGUUCAACUUGAACAAGGAACGAAAUGAAAAAAGGAAGUUGUAUGAAUUGGUUUAUUUCGUGAUAAAAAUGAGCUUUAGAUUUAUGUACUUUAAGAGGAAUUUCUUUGAAGCAUUUUGCAAUGUGGUAGAUGAAUUUCUCCGAAGAAAUAAAUCAAAUGUGAAACUGCUCUACCGUUUAUAUUUUGGCAACCUCUUUUUUAAGUGUGAUGAGUUUUUUCCCUUUUUCAGCAACAAAGUUAGGAGAGAUGAGCAGUUGAGGCACCUAUUUGAUAGGAGUGGUAAUAUGGUUAUUCCUUUUGGAUCGACACACCAACAUGUUUUGAGGUAUGCUUUGAACCUCUUUUGCAUGAGAAUAUCCGGUUGUGCUAGGAAGGGGAAAAGAAAAUCGAAUGGCACCACGGGUUCAGUUCGCAUGUCCCUCGCGGCGAGGAAGUUACUGUUUUGUUAUUAUAAAAAGAGGGUUUCCAACGGGGCAGGAAAUGGGUGCAGCUACUUUGAGCACGUUGUCAGUUACUCCGUUUAUUUUUUGCAUUUGUAUUACUUGCACAAGUUGUACGUUAGUGGAGUGAGGAAGAAGCGAAUGUGCAACGGGGCAGUGAAAGCGGGACAAGGAAGAGCAGGACGCGAAAGCGAAGGUGCGCUUGGGUUUACACAUGAAUGUACAGCUGGAUGCACAGCUGGAUGUACAGUUGGAUCCACAGUUGAAGACGCCCCGACAAUCGUGAAGAAGGUCCGCAUUUUGGAGAGGAAAAAAAGGAGAAAAGUUAACCACAAUUUGUUUUUCAAAAUGAAAAACUCGGAGGCCUUCGCAGGUGCCUUACGAAUGUUAAACCAGAGCGAGUCGGAAUGGCCCUUCCUGCAUUGGGAAAACCACAUGACAAAAAAGGAUUUGACGACUACCUCCCGCAGUAGCAGCGCUUGUAGGAAAGGGCAGCCAAAAGAAGGAAAGCCCAAACUGUUUAGCAAUCAAAAUGCCGAAGGAGCAGCCACCCUUUUGUUAUAUGAGAAAACGUGCGAUGAAUACAAAAAGGAUGGUAAAAAUGAGGACAAGCUUGGUGUUAGCCCCUUCUACAGUAGCGAGUGCCAAAAGAAAGUAAAGCAAUAUGCAAAGAAGAUCAAAUGUACCAUAAAAAAUAAACCAAAUUUAUAUGUGAAGAUUAUGCUUAAUAUGUACAGGCAGGAAAGCCUGAAUAUGAUAAAAUGCCAAGGCACUGAUAAGAAACGACUCAAACAAGGGAACACGAAGACUUGCCUUUUGUGUCAUUACGGUAACUACCUCUAUAAGGGAAGGCUAAUCCCAUUUUAUGAUAUCUUUAUUCAUAGCGAAUGCUUAAAAUGGAGCCUAAAUUGCAUACAAUACUAUAAGUUGAAUAGCAAUAGCUGCGAGUGCCGUAGUAGGAUCGGCAAGGGGGCGACGGAAUGCAAGGUGGAUGUUAAGAAGAAUCUCUCGAAUGAUAAAAAGGGAGCGAGGAGCUCGUCCGGCAAAAGAAGCAAAAAGAAAUCCGCAGGAAGUGGUUCAUGUUCGCUUAAGAAUGAGGCAGUGGGAGGAGGAGGAACUAAGGAGAGUGUCGACAGGAACAAUGCCCACAAUGGUGCACAGGUUAGAAACGCCAAUGGGAGUAGUACUUCCCAUGUUGGUGGUGCCCACUUGAGCAGCACCCACGUAAGUAACAACCACCUUGACAGCCAUACGAGUAAAGGGGACGAUCCGAAAGGGGCAGGCGAAACACGUGUGAAGGGGGAAGAAUGCUGCGGGGAAAGCCAAGCAGGUCAGCACAACACUUGUGAGGAAAAUCUAUCAAAAGAAAAGACCAAAUCGGAAGAAAUCCUAAACGUAAAAAAGAGCAUAAAAAAUAUUAAAUUAAUGGAUAACUUCGAAUGGACAGAAAAUAAAAACUUCUUCCAUAACUACGAACAUAUAAUCGAAAUAGACGAAGAUGAUGUGAAGGAAAUAAUUUAUGACUCCAUCAAUUCGACGUGCUUUCUGUGUGGAUACAAAAAUGCCAGUAUAUACUGCAGCAAUGAAAACUGCAACAUAAAAUUUCACCUCAAUUGUGCUUUUUACUCUACCAUGGUAAAGAAUUCACAUCAGAAUAUUUUUUUUCAUUAUUUAAAAUGUUUCAAAUUGAUUAAAUUUAACAAGGACACGAUUUUUUACAAUUAUUGCCACGCGUCGUCCAGUAAUGCGGAGGACAAGGAACUAGUGAAGUCGCUCUAUGAGGACAUUUUCCCCGUGCACAUCAUCUACAAGAUGAAAAAAGUGUGGUGCAAUAAAUGCUGGAAUGCGAAGAAGAUAUACGACUCGUUCUACAUAAAUAAGGAGAACAUGCAGUGUUCCAGCAGAAAGGAACCAAGCAAAGAGGUGGAAACGGUCAAGAGAAGACCCGCGAAACAGGCGAAACAGGAGAAACACGCGAAACAGGCGAAACACGCGAAAUCCACGAAUUGUACUGCGGAGGGUGGGGAAGUAAUCCAAGGUGAUAUUGCCCCUGUAUGUAGUAAGCUCAAACAGGAUGACUCCACAACAAGUGGGUUAAAUCUGGAGAGAGAAACAGAGAAUCAAAACAAUGGCGCAAGCGAACAGGCAGGGACAGGAGAAAAUAGUAGAACUUCCGCUGAACCGGAACCGAAAAGCAUCGUAAGUAGAAAAAAAAUAAACGUCAUGGGAAGUCUGAGGAACAUUAACAAACAUUUCAUUCACUUCUAUUAUGAAAACGGAUCGUACUACGUUAUGGAUAAAAUUCUCUACAGCAUAAACGAGUGCGUGAGGAUAAGGUACAAAAGGAAGCCCCUCAACUCGGUGCAGGAAAUACUAAAUAAAGAAAGCAAGAUAGAAAGAAAAAUGAAACAUUUGGAGAGCAUCAUUAACGAAUGUGCCAACAAAAAUGAUGAGAAGAGUUUCGUUAACGAUAAGUACCAGCUGAUAUUUCAGCGAAAUGUGCAGAAUGGUGAAGCCACAAAUGAGCAGUUAAUGAACAAAAAUGGUGUACACUGUAACGGCGAUGUACAUGAAGAGAGUGACACACAUACAAAUGACGUAAAUAUACAAAAUAUUAUUGACAAUAAAAAUGUGGAAAAUAUCUUCAAGUCCUAUUUUAUUCUCAAAUAUUUUUUAUACAUAGGUAGAGAAAUAACACUAAAGAAUGAGGAGUAUUUUUUUUUUAAAAAAAAAGAAAAUUCCUUUGUUAGAUAUGUUUAUGCGAAUGAUGAGCAGACUUGCAACAUACAUUUACCCCAUGUGCUUUACAGCAAUGCGGUGGACGGAUUGGCUACCGCAUCGCGAAAGGAAACAACCACCCAUGUAAAGGAUAAAACUCACAAAGGGAAUUUACCAGCAGCGAAUGAGCAAGUAAGAAGUGAUAAGAAUGAGUGGCAGGGGCAAGAACAUCAGCAGCUGCGUAAGAUUUGCUACGCAACCUUCAUUGACGACGAGUCCGAACCGGACAACGAGAACUCGGAAAAUAACCUGAGCAGCAGUAGCGACCACGAAAUGGAAGAAACGGACAUCGCGCACUACUACAGCAAAGAAAAGAAAGACAAACAAAUGAAAAGCAUUAACCUUUACUUCGAGUUAACGGAUGUCAACAGAAAGGUAAAUAUAACGAGGCUGCAGCAGGUUAGUAAUUAUAGCGAUCGUAAGGAGAGCAGCGAUACGGUGGCACUAUACCCUAAUGCGGACGAGAAGAGCGAAGCAAAGAGGAGAACAAACAAGGGGAAUGGCACCACCACUAUGGCAGCCAUCGGAACAGCUACCAGAAAGGCAAGUUUAGAACAAAGCACAUGCGAAAGUAACAGCGUAACGGACAAAAAGGAAUCCUUUUUAAAUACGAUUAUAAGUGAUACGAACGAUGUGUUUAUCAAGCGAACAAAUGAAAAGCUAUUCUCGAACUAUAAGUAUAAUUGUAGGAAUAACCUGAACCUCUCACAGUGUAGAAUCAUCAAAAUAGGAUGUCACAACAUCUUACACAUGGGAGAAAUUGUAAAAUAUAAUGGAGAGAAGAGAAUAUACCCCUGCGGUUUUGUGAACAUGAAAAUAUUUUUUAAUUUGCCCUCUGCGUACCUUUUCCAUAUUUAUAAAAACGCAAUUAUUGACGACGAAGAUGAGAAGAAGAAAACCUUGCAGAGAAUAUUUUUACAAAUACGUGCCACCUAUAUUUUCUCCAUUACUUUGAAGAAUGAACAAUUUUUUUUUCCAUCAUGUUAUUUCCCUUAAAUGCACAUGUCGGAUGAAUAUAAAAAGUACGUCGACAGGUAUUCCCACUUGCUUGAGCUCAUGCAGAGUUAUAUCUUCAAAUCUGUGCAACAUAACGUCAAGGCAGUAGACCCGCAUGACUUCUUCGGCUUGACCCUCCCGUGCGUUAUCUAUCAAAUGAAAUACCAGCUCUUUAAAUACUUGUGGAAAAGUGUGAAUCGCAGGAUUAAAGAUUACAUUAGGAGGUCCGGCAAAAGGGAGGAAUUCAAAAAGAGGGUAAAGAACUGCACGCGGGAAGUCAUAUACAAUGACAACUUGCUGUGUAAGUACUCCAAUUUGGACACCUCAAUUUUUAAGGAGAACGAGAAGGAAAAGGAAAAGAACAUGAGGAAAACGGUCAAGUAUAAAUACAACAUCAACAGCGCAAUGUCCUACCGUUACCUAAUGAACAUCUCGUCUAAUUCACGGCUGUACGUCAAGAAGAGCAGCAUUCAUGGAUAUGGACUGUACACGUGCGAGUUUAUUAAUGAGGGAGAGCCGGUCAUCGAGUAUAUCGGUGAAUACAUUAGAAACAUAAUAAGUGACAAGAGAGAAAAAUAUUAUGACAAAAUUGAGAGUAGCUGUUACAUGUUCAGGCUAAACGAAAAUAUAAUCAUUGAUGCUACCAAGUGGGGAAACGUCAGCAGAUUUAUCAACCACAGCUGCGAGCCAAAUUGUUUUUGUAAAAUAGUAAGCUGUGAUCAGAACUUAAAACACAUUGUCAUCUUUGCCAAGAGGGACAUUGUAGCGCACGAAGAAAUAACCUACGACUAUCAGUUUGGUGUCGAAUCGGAAGGAAAAAAACUCAUUUGUUUAUGUGGCUCGAGCACAUGUUUAGGAAGAAUGAACUGA